AUGAGAAUGCUUCUGCACUGGACCUUGCUGGCUCUUGGAGCUGCCUGUGUUUGUGCCAUGGCCACAGAAAUCCCCAUGAGCACAGUGGUGAAAGAGACCCUGACACUGCUCUCAACUUACCAGAGUCUGCUGAUAGGCAAUGAGACCUUGAUGAUUCCUGUUCCAGUCCAUAAAAAUCAUCACCUAUGCAUCGAAGAAACCUUUCGAGGUGUAGACACACUGAAGGCUCAGAUUGUGCAAGGGGAGGCUAUGGACAAUCUGUUCCAAAACUUGUAUUUAAUAAAAAAAUACAUUGACCUACAAAAAAAAAAGUGUGGGGAAGAGAGGCGGAGAGUUAAGCACUUCCUAGACUACCUGCAGGAGUUCCUUGGUGUGAUAAACACUGAGUGGAUGAUGGAAAGCUGA